AUGCGCACGCACUCCACGCAGACGGGGGCGUCGGGCUUCCGCCGCGAUAACUCCACGCAGGCGCGGCCGCCGAAGACGUCGUCGACGCAGACCAUGCAAGAUGCCGCGACCCAGCCACCUCACGUCGUGCAGUACAUCAAAGGGCUCCGCGGAACGCCCUCUUCCGAGCUCAAACAGGUCCAACGCGUUAUACAAUACUAG